AUGCCCGCGGACGCGGUGCUGCCGCACGAGCUGAUCACCACAGCGCUUAAGGGGGAGCACGACGAGGCUGCCGAGCUCCAGUGGCGUCGCAUGGCGGCCUCUCUAGCCGCUGAGGGGCGCCUGGCCAACUGCAUCGCGGUGUGCGGGCUCUCCGGCGCCACCUCUGCCGCCACGGACACGGCGGCCUCUGCAGCCAUCGCACUGGGGCUCCUCAUCUCUGAGCUCAACCAGGAGUCGUGGAAGGGGCGCGUGAUCACCUUCAACGAGACGCACCAGCUGCACAAGGUGCUCGGCACGAGCCUCAAGGAGAAGCUGCGGCCGCUGGUGGAGUCCAUGGGGAAGCAUAAGAAGGGCGCGAACCUGCAGGGCGUCUUCAGCAAGAUCCUGCAGCUGGCGGUGGCCGGCGGGCUGUGCAGGGACAUGAUGGUGAAGAGGGUGUUUGUGCUGAGCGACAUGGACUUCGACGGGUGGACGGGCACCGCGUCCCCGUGGAAGACAGAGUACCAGGGCAUCUGCGACAAGUUCGCAGCCGAGGGGUUCACGGUGCCGCAGCUGGUGUUCUGGAACGUGGGGACCUCCAAGGCGUCCACGCCGGUGGUGGCAGCGCAAGAGGGCACGGCCCUGGUGAGCGGCUACUCCAAGAACCUGGUGAGACUCUUCCUGGAGGCGGAUGGCGAGCUAACGCCGGCAGCCAUCGUGGCAGAUGCCAUCUCUGGCCCGGAGUACGAGGCGCUAGAGGUGUUCGAUUAA